UACAGUAGACAGCAAACGAAAUCGAAUGUGAACCCGUCUCUGCUUAUCUUGUCUUCGGCACGAUUGGCCCUCUCGAUCCUUCUGCUCAGUGCGCGCACAACUCGGAAGAAUCGGCAUGGCUGCCACACUCAGCCUUCUCAAGCCCCCUAUUCUGUCUGGAAAACCGCUCCAGUGCUACUCAAAACUAAAAACUCCCUGCAACCCAACAAAAUUGAAUGUAUCCGUUGACUCAACAACCGACCCACAAAUACUCCUCCCUCAUUCCAUCCAUGCUCUUAAAUCAGCUUCUCUUCCACUCACAGCACUCGCAAUUCCAUUCUUGCUAGACCCAAAUGAAGCGCUUGCUGUCGGCGGGGAGUUUGGAAUAUUGGAGGGAAGGACAUUUGCGCUCAUACACCCCCUCGUGAUGGGUGGUUUGUUUUUCUACACCUUGUGGGCUGGGUAUUUGGGUUGGCAAUGGCGGCGAGUCCGGACGACGCAAAAUGAAAUCAACGAGCUCAAGAAGCAGGUGAAGCCUACCCCGGUUACUCCAGAUGGGACACCAGUGGAAACGGCGCCGUCUCCGGUUAACCUCAAAAUUCAGCAACUCACUGAGGAGAGGAAGGAGUUGCUGAAAGGGUCUUACAGGGAUAGACACUUCAAUGCAGGGGCUAUACUGUUAGGAUUCGGAGUGUUUGAGUCCAUUUUUGGAGGAGUGAACACCUGGUUCAGGACAGGAAAGCUGUUUCCGGGGCCCCAUUUGUUUGCAGGAGCAGCCAUUACAGUGCUAUGGGCAGCCGCUGCGGCUCUUGUACCUCCAAUGCAGAAAGGGAGUGAGACGGCUAGAAAUCUUCACAUUGCAUUGAAUGCGGUAAAUGUUCUACUCUUUGUCACCCAGAUCCCCACUGGACUCGAUAUAGUUUUCAAAGUUUUUGAGUUCACUAACUGGCCUUGAACUCACAGUCACAGACCAUCCAAGUCUGAGCUCUCUUUGUAUUUUGUCUGUUUUUUUUUACUUGUGUCAUCUACAACUUCAAAGCUUUUGAAUUACUUUGAAGGAUGUGAUUAUAUAUGUUCAUUCCAUUAAGCCAUAAAAGACAUUAGUGUUUGACCAUAGAAUGGUUGGCUGCUAUUUUAAUCAAAGUAUUCCUCCUAACAUUCACUUUAAA